UUGCCUGGCGACCGCAUGCAGAGCGCGCGGCGCGCCGCCAUGGUGGGGGCGCCCGCCGGCCGGGCCGUCUACCAGGGCCGCUUCCGCGACACCUUCCCCGAGCUGCCCGCGGCAGGGAAGUUGAGGCCCAUUGGAGACACGGCAGGAAGCUGUCUCACUGAGGCUCUACCCAGGCCUAUUACUCCACCUGUUAUAAGAAAGUUUCGAAAUAUGUCAAGUCCUGCUCCUGGUGCUGAAAGAAUAUUUUAUGGCAGAGCAAAAGAUCCUGAUAUUCCAGCUCAUUUGACUCAUGGCAUUAGCUCCCAUUCUUCACUGAGCGCAGGCUUGUUGACAAAUCCAUCUUGUAAAACUCGGUUUCAGCAAAAAAUUAACGAAAAAAAAGAAGCCCUAUAUUUAAGUAAUUGGGGAGCACCAUUAGGAAGGUCACAUGAUCAAACAUCAAUGCUUCCUAAAGGCCUUGAUGUGACUAACACCACAUUUGGAGGGACAACCAUCAGAGGAACACCUGCGGGGGAUCUUAUAAAUCCACCAAAACCCUUUGAGGAAAUAGAUAAAGAAGCAAGAGAAGGACAUGAGUUGUAUGUUGUGACACACAAUGAUUAUAAUGUUGGGGAACCAAGAAACCGGAAAUACAGUUCACCAAAGUUCAACAAGUAUAAUAUUUAUGGAAAAGAAACACCACAUUUUAAUGAUGGACGAAAUACAUCCAAGUCUUUACAAUGGCUGUACAAUGUGCAAUUAAAAAAAGCAGCAAAAAUAGUGUCCAAAAGAAUUGAUGAUUUCAAGGAAAAAUUUCAGCCUCAGCUUGGAAAAGUCCUUGAUCCCAUAGCAGAAACUAUGAAUGUUCCACCAGAUCAUACAUUUGGAAUGUUACUUCGUCCUGAUGAGUUUGGAGUUGGGGAUCUUCUUCACUACAGGGUUCCUAGUGAGUUUCUUCGUGGUAAAGACAGAGAGCAAGCUGUCUUUACUGCAAUUCGACAGAAUUUGAAGAAAGCCAACUACCACAAUUUUGGCACAUUGCUAGAAGCAUUCAGGCAUUACGACAAGAAUGGUGAUGGGAAGAUAGACAAAGAAGAGCUGCGGAAGUCCUGUUUUCAGCUUAAUUUGGAUCUAGAUGAAGAGCUCCUGGAUGCUUUAUUUGAUUACUGUGAUUUGGAUAAAGAUGGCCUGAUUGACUAUCUGGAGUUUGCAAACUUUCUUAACUGGAAAGACAAAAUGGCUAUUGGAGAAUUUGAAGAAAAAAUAAUUACACAAAGGAAAAAGGCAGAGGCUUCUGAGGCUUCUAAACCCAAAGCUACAGAAAGCAAAACAAGUGAUGGACCACUGUUGAAACAGGAAGACCUUGUGCUAAAGGAACCAGGGAGUUUUGAAAAGACACCGAAGAUUCUUACAAGACCAACAGAUCGUGUCCUUGCUGAUUAUCGCACAACUUCCUCUCAGUACAAUGCAGUUGUAGGUGGUCUCUCCACAACCUGUUAUCCUGUGUGUGGUGUUCCAAGCAUUCGUUCUGACAUUCCUGCUCCCCAAAUUCACCGUGUCAGUGACAGAAAUAACUAUGGUGAUGAAGCCAACGCAUAUGCACUAAUAUGCCCAUCUGUCUUCAGCCAGAAAGGAGUGUAUGAAAGAGACUUUUUUAAAACAAGACCAAAGGCAGAGAUUGCACGAAUUCUUCGAAACAUUGGUGUGAGCAUUUCAGAUGAAAGUUUUGAAGAAGUAUGGAAGCAAGCUUGUAUGAAACAUCAUAGAGGAGAGGUCUGUGUAGAAAGCAUCAGAAAUAUACUGGAUGAGAUACAAGCGUCACACAUAAAAAACAGUUGAGGAUUUCUAGUAGUGGAAUUUUAUUUCUUUAAAAUGGAACCAGCCAUUAUUUCACUGUUGACUAGAAAAAAAAAAUUAAACGUUUACAAGAUUGAAAUCCACUGUGGUAAACUCCACUGCAAAUACCAUGGUUGACCAAAAAUAUUUGUGUUCCUAUUGAAGUCCGUGGGAAUUGGGCUACUAAUUUCCCACAAGAACAUGACAGGGUACAUUAUUUGAUUUGAAUUUAAUCACUUUUCUGUAUUUUUUAUGAAACUAGCUCUGUAUUAAAUCCAAAAUUUUGAGCGUG